AUGCAACGGUUAUCUUUGGUCGUACAAGACGGGCUUGUUGACCAUCGAAUCGCAUCCAUUAACACGUCCGACCACGUUUCGUGCAAUCAGUCCCUCUGUGGUUGUGAAGCAUCGGAAUCAUUACCAGUUGAAGAGAAGACCAGAGUGUCUUUCAUCCUGCAGGACUCGUCGACAACGUUUUCACAGGCGUAUCGAGUAGUACAAUUGGUAACUGGACAUCAGUCGACUCACCGUCAUUGCAGACACAGGUGCGAGUCUAUCACCCGGAGACCAAAGUGGUCACGAAAAAUCUUAACAAGUUUACAAGUUUAAAGAGGCUGUGAAAAAUUUCGUGCCCACGGUUAGAUGGGUUAUGCGUUGAUGGCGAAAAAUCAGUUGUCAAACUGUUUGAAGUUCAUACAAAACCCGUGCUAAGACAGCUUGGAGAACAUCAAAAUGAAUAAAUGUCAACAACUCAAAAAUAAUUACAUAAGGGCCCAUUACUACAGCUGUAAAAGCUAACCGUAUAGCUCUAUGAGUAUGCAAAUAUCUCACAAAGAAAAAUAUUGCACUCAGACUAGUGACACGAUUUACAGUUACACAAUUACACAAUGAUGUUGGAUUUUCAGAUUAAAAAUCAGAAUCUUGAUAUUAUACAAAU